AUGGAGUACCCAAACCAGGAUGGAGCUGGUGGUCGAUCCACACCCCGUUCCCCCGGCCGCACGAACAACACGCAACCCCCAGCAGAAAGUGAGAGACAAAAGGGCGCCGAAGGAGACAACCAAACAGAGACCCUAUCCCAUGCCGCAUCCAAGCGCAAAAGACUGCAAGAGCGUGCCCAAGCCCGAAAGCGCGGCCGAACACCUCCCUCUGUUUUCCCUCGACGAAACCGUUCUCGCAGCCCCAAUGGCGCCGCUCCACGAGAAGAUCGUCGAUCUCGAUCCCCCAUACAGCCACGUUCACCCUCGCCCGAAGCACCGCGUCCGCGCAAGCGGCCCGGCGGCGGUGCACGACAGGGUAUUGCAGACCGUGAAACACUACGACGCAGACAGGAGGAGCGUGAGCGCGCAGAGCAGGAUGAAGCUAUGCGCAAUUCCCAGCAGCGCGGAGUCCAUGACGUUGUCAGGCAACAUUACAACGCGGUCCCGGAGCGAGGCCGCGAAUGGCGCAAGACUGAGAGUAAGAUCAAGGGUCUACGCACGUUCAACAACUGGGUGAAGAGUACAUUGAUUCAGAAGUUCUCGCCUGAUGAAUCUUUUGCCACGGGAUUUGAUGAUAGCAAGGAUUGGGCGGAUGAUGGUCAAGGUCCACCACCUGUUCCUGAAAACAAGCUUUUGGUGCUUGACUUGGGAUGUGGAAAGGGUGGCGAUCUGGGCAAGUGGCAGCUGGCGCCUCAGGCGGUUGACCUAUACGUUGGUCUCGACCCUGCCAACAUCUCGAUUGAGCAGGCGCGAGGCCGAUACGAUGAAAUGCGCUCGGGUCGUCGCAAUCCGCGAGGUCGUCGACCCCCUCCUAUCUUCCACGGUGAAUUCUGGCCGAAGGAUUGCUUUGGUGAAUAUUUGGGUGAUAUCGAUAUCGUUCAGCAGGUCGGUAUUGAUCCCAAUGUUGGGCCUGGUGGGAACAUUAUGGCCUCUCGCUAUGGCGGUGGAGGCUUUGAUGUUGUUACAUCUAUGUUCGCCAUCCACUACGCUUUUGAGACCGAGGAGAAGACCCGGCAAAUGCUUCGCAAUGUUGCGGGCUGCCUGAAGAAGGGUGGCCGUUUCAUUGGUGUUUGUCCUAACUCAGAUGUGAUUAGCAGCCACGUGGUCGCAUACCACAAGCAGCGCAAGGCAACAGAGGCUGUCAAGCCGGCUGAGCCCGAGGCACCCGAGGAUGGAGAGGUCGAGGAGGUUGCACGCGCUGAAUGGGGCAAUGAUAUCUACCGCGUCAAAUUCCCCGCUGCAACACCUGAGGAUGGAGUCUUCCGUCCUCCCUUCGGAUGGAAAUACAGCUACUUCAUGAAGGAGGCUGUUGAGGAAGUCCCUGAAUACGUGGUUCCUUGGGAAGCUUUCCGAGCAUUGACCGAAGAUUACAACUUGGAGCUCCAAUACCGCAAGCCUUUCUUGGAUAUCUGGGAAGAUGAGAAGAACCACCCAGAGCUGGGUCCACUUAGCGAGCGAAUGGGCGUGCGAGACCGCAUGACUGGUGCUUUGAACAUGACCGAGCAAGAGAAGGAUGCCGUCAGUGAGUAG